UAAAACAAUGGCCGGACAUACGAAAACCUAUUCUUCUCCUUCUCGAAUCACAAAAGUUCCAUCUCAAAAUCAUAAAAGAGCUGUACUGACUUGUAUGAUCCUAAUUACCAUAUCACCUCCAGCCUUGCAACUCACUCAGUCGCUUCCAACCUCUGAAAAAUGGCAGACCCACCUUGGCAAUAUGCGCUCUUCCUCCUCCUCAGCAUCAUCUUGACUUUCAUUCUUACUGGUACCAGCCUCAGAACAUACUUAGACGACAUCAGUUUGGCAGAUGGAGCUUUCAAGAACAGAAAUAUCUUUGAACAGUUCAGAGAAGAUGAUAUAGAUGCUGCCGUGUUCAAGGCUUCCUCCCAGCGUCAUGUUCCAACUGCCGAAGUACCGGAGCUGCUACCUAUGACAAGAUCCAUCAUUCUAAAGCGUGAUGUGACUCCAGACUUCCCCUUCUACGACCAUGAAGUAGCAAAUCUCGCCGACGCGACUUCAGCUAAGUUGAAGAACUUCCACACCUGUCUUCACAAGCAAAUGGGCUACCAAGAAACCAGCCGCCGCAAGCUUCAUGCCGCCAAUCAACUGUGCCUCUUUGAGGCCUUCACCGACUUGGAGGUAUUGUUGGAUGCCAGAGGUGUAAAUGAGGUUGGAUAUGGAGGACUCGGUCUUGGUGAUGAUAUCUGGGAGGAAGAAGGAGCUCACUACGUUAGGGCUGGACGUGCCCAAGGUGGUGGAUGGUUCCUCGUGCGGAAUGGGGAGAAGCAAGAUGUUGUUAACCAGGAAUCCUGGGCACAUUACGUUCCCAAUCAGCCCUAG